AAAUAGAUAGGUGAGAUAGUCACUAAAAACAGGCCGAAUAACCCUGGCAGCUGAGACCUUUCUAACUUUAGAAUUAAGAAGAAGAAGAAGUUAUAAUUAUAAAAGUUUUGUUAAAUACAAAACAUAAGUAACGUAAUUCAACCAACAUAUUACGGUAUAUAAGAAUUUGUAAUGCAAUGGAAAAAACAAAAACUGUAACGUCAACAGCUGGAUAUAAUACUAGAAGCGGUAAAACCCCUCUAGAUUUUGCAACAUUCAAGAAAAAAACGAAAAAACAAUUAUCUAAGAAUUCUGAAGAUGUAGCAGAAACAUCUAUUAAUACCGAUACUACUGAUGAUACAAAUCCUUCGAAAAGGAAACAUAUUACAAUAGAAAGUGAUAUUAAAAAAAAUAAAAAAGUUCCGGCGAAUUGGGAACAAGUCUUAAGUAACCUACGAGAUAUGAGGAAAGAAUCAGACGCUCCUGUAGAUUCCAUGGGGUGCGAUAAAUGCCACGAUGAAAACGCACCUCUACAGGUGCAAAGGUAUCAACAGUUGUUAGCUUUAAUGUUAAGUAGUCAAACUAAAGAUCAAAUAACUUUCGCGGCUAUGAAAAAACUCAUAAAUCACGGUUGUACUAUCGAAAAUGUUCUAAAAACUGAAGACACAAAAUUAGGGGAACUUAUAUAUCCCGUUAGUUUCUGGAAAAAUAAAGUUAAAUAUAUUAAAAAAACAAGCGAAAUGCUUCUUAAAGAAUAUAAUAGUGAUAUACCAGAUUCUGUUGAAAAAUUGUGUAAAUUACCAGGGGUAGGUCCGAAAAUGGCUCAUAUCUGCAUGGAAACAGCUUGGGGACAAAUAACUGGUAUAGGUGUGGAUACUCAUGUCCAUAGGAUAACAAAUCGUUUAGGUUGGGUAACCACCAAAUCUCCGGAAGAAACCAGAAAGGCGCUAGAAGAAUGGUUACCGCAACCAUUAUGGGGUGAAGUUAAUUCUUUAUUAGUUGGUUUCGGUCAGCAAAUAUGUGCGGCCGUCAAACCUCAGUGUUCGUCUUGUUUAAACCACGAUAUUUGCCCUUUUGGAAAAAAAUAUUUGAAGGGCGAAAUAAAACGUACAAAAGUUAAAAAACCAACUUGAAUUGUAAUAUUUCCUUUAUUUUUUUAAAUAAAAAUUCGAAUUAUGAA